AGCGCGGGCUGGGCAGGGAGCCCGCGGCGGGGCAGAGCGCGCGAAGGGAGCCGGAGCGAGACAGCAGCCAGCGAAGCCGCCAUGCAAAGGGCCAGCUCUGGGCAGCGCCAGGUGCAGCAGCAGCUGCCGCCAGCCUCGUGCCUAGGCAGGAGCGGCCACCUCAGUGCUCGGAAGGGGCAGUCCAGCUGGGGAGCCCCCGGGCGGCUGCGCGUCCUCUUCUUCCUCGCCUUUUGGCUGAGCUCGUGCAAAGGUGCACCAAUGGCAGCCAGUGUUCUACAAGGAGAACAAGAUUUGCAAUUAUGGAAUGAGAUAGAUGAUGUGUGUUCUGCAAUCCUGGCCAGAGAUGCUCAGCCUCAGUCAUCUAACACAUUGAAAGAGCUUUGCUUUAUGGUUCUGCAACUUCUACAGAAAAUUCAGGAGUCAGAUGAAAAAGACAACACCAAAAGAUUCUUAUUUCAUUAUUCUAAGACCCAUGACACGGGCAACUCAGAUGUUCUGUCGUCUGUCCUGCAUCCUUUGCUGCAACUUGUUUCCCAACUGCAUGAGAGGAGACCGAAGAGAUACAAAGUGGACGAAGAACUUCGAAUACCUGGAGGAGUUCAAAGCAGGGGAUAUUUUAUCUUCAGGCCACGCAAUGGGAGGAGAUCAACUGCAUUUCGUUGAAAGGAUUCCUCAUUCUUUGACUUAAAAUUGUUGUAGGAUUACAGACAACACAAGCAUCCCGACCUUUAUCAUGUGUACAAGUAUUUUUUUAAAAUAUAGAUAUAUUCCAUCUAAUGUGUAAAUUUCUUAAAAUGAACUACGUUUUAUUUUUUUUCCCCUUGGAGCAUCUUAAAAUUAUGUUUCUUUAUGUUUAUAUGGUGGCAAUUAUGUGUAAUAAAGCUGUAAACAAAAUAAUGUUGAUUUUAGAUGAGUGCAUGCAAAAGACAUUGUCCAUAGCAGGAUUAUUACAUUUUUUUCACUGUAAAUAAAGGAACUCAGUGGUGA